AUGCCAGAAGUUCUACCUGCGAACAUGUGGGCAUAUCAAAUUGCCAACGCCUGCUAUUUUUUAUCUUACGUCCAAUGGAAUCAAGUUUAUCUUCGAUUUGUCUUAACAGUCGGCUGCAUAUUUUUCGUUAUAUGAGGGUUUUUAGGCUUAGAUAACCAAGUCGAUAUCAUCAUAUGAAAUUUCGGUCAAGCAUGCAUAAAUUUAAUCCACUGGAUUUUGAUGGUUCGUAAGAAGAUUGUUUUCAAUUUCGGUGACCCAGCUGAAGGUCUAUACCAAAAUGUCUUUAAGAACGUUUAUUCACGAUACGAAUUCAAGCUUUUAUUACACCGAUGCAUAAAAAUUGUGGAAUAUAAGUCAGCGAGUUCCCAAAUAUUAAAAGCAGGUAACGAUUUUGACACGAUCGCGAUUUUAGGCGUAGUCCAUCCUGACACUAAAGUCCAGCUAAAAGUGGAAACACCUGGAAGUGAAGCUGUGGUUUCAGAAAACAUGGAAUCGUAUUCCUGGCUUGGGGUUAUUGAUUAUAUGAAUUUGCUGGAAGGCAAAAAAGAAAGUAGAGACUAUGAGCAAAUUUGCAAUAUUUCUGUAACAAUAACUGAUAUUGUUCAGCCACUAAAUGUGUUUAAAAUCGAUAUCAAGAAAAUGGAAAAACUGUUCAGAAUCCAGACCCAUGGUAUGGCUAUACAAAAUGGGAUGUAUGCAAAAAUGCUUGAUUUUGUAGGGAGCUUUAUUGUCAGUUUAGAUUUGGAGUUUAUUGAAGCUAAAAGAAAUUAUUUUAGUGUCAUGAAUGAUAAUGAUAAUGAAGAAUAA